AUGCGCCGGUUCCGCGGACAUCACCGGACGGCUCCUGCGCUGUUUCUGACUCUGAUCGGUGCGUUAAUGAUGUCCGCUGCAGCCGAGGACGAGCUCUUUAUCACCGGGCAUUUUCUGGUCCAGAUGCGGGAAGCGGCGCCUGAAGAUGCCCAGAAACUCGCGCUGGAGCACGGCUUCGAGAGUGCGAGGAAGCUUCCAUUCGGCGAGGAUCUUUUUCAUUUCUACCCACUGGAAAUGCCUAAAACCAGAAGAAAACGCAGCCUCCACCAACAACACCACCGCCUGGCAUCAGACCACCGGGUGAAAAACGUGUUUCCUCAGGAAGGUUUCGGCCGUCAGAAGCGAGGCUACAGAGAUCUCCCAAACACUGACGUCAACAUGAGCGACCCGCUUUUCACCAAACAGUGGUAUCUUAUAAACACAGGUCAGGCUGACGGGACCCCGGGGCUGGAUCUGAAUGUGGCCGAGGCCUGGAGUUUGGGGUUCACCGGGAAAGGAGUGACCAUCGCCAUUAUGGAUGAUGGUAUUGAUUAUCUGCAUCCAGAUCUCGCCUCAAACUACAACGCAGAAGCCAGCUUCGACUUUAGUAGCAACGACCCAUACCCUUACCCGCGCUACACCGACGACUGGUUUAACAGUCAUGGUACCCGGUGUGCUGGCGAAGUGUCUGCCGUUUCCAACAACAACAUCUGUGGGGUGGGCGUGGCCUACAACUCCAAGGUAGCAGGAAUUCGUAUGCUAGACCAGCCCUUCAUGACAGACAUCAUCGAGGCAUCCUCCAUCAGCCACAUGCCACAGGUUAUUGACAUCUACAGUGCCAGCUGGGGUCCCACCGAUGACGGAAAAACGGUGGAUGGCCCCCGGGAGCUCACCCUGCAGGCCAUGGCCGACGGAGUCAACAAGGGUCGUGGUGGGAAAGGCAGCAUCUACGUUUGGGCUUCUGGAGACGGCGGCAGCUAUGAUGACUGUAACUGUGAUGGAUACGCCUCCAGCAUGUGGACCAUAUCCAUCAACUCGGCCAUCAAUGAUGGACGCACGGCGCUCUAUGAUGAGAGCUGCUCCUCCACCCUCGCCUCCACCUUCAGCAACGGCCGCAAGAGAAACCCUGAAGCUGGCGUGGCCACCACGGAUCUGUAUGGAAACUGCACGCUGCGUCACUCGGGCACAUCUGCUGCGGCUCCUGAGGCUGCUGGCGUGUUUGCAUUGGCGUUGGAGGCCAAUCCCAACCUGACGUGGAGAGACCUGCAGCACCUGACGGUUCUGACCUCCAAGAGGAAUAAACUGCACGACGAGGUUCACCAGUGGCGGAGGAACGGCGUGGGUCUGGAGUUCAACCAUCUGUUCGGGUACGGUGUGCUGGAUGCUGGUGGAAUGGUCAAACUCGCCCGCGACUGGAAAACUGUGCCUGAACGAUUCCACUGUGUGGCCGGAUCCAUGCAGGACAUUCAUAAAAUACAGUCCGGCAACAAGCUCCUGCUGAGCAUCAGCACCGACGCCUGCCAGGGCAAAGACAACUUUGUGCGGUACCUGGAGCACGUGCAGGCGGUCAUCACAGUGAACGCCAGUCGGCGUGGAGACCUCAACAUCAACAUGACCUCACCCAUGGGUACCAAAUCCAUCCUGCUGAGCCGCCGGCCCCGAGACGACGACGCCAAAGUGGGCUUCGAUAAGUGGCCCUUCAUGACCACACACACCUGGGGCGAGGACCCGCGGGGCCCCUGGCUCCUGGAGGUGGGUUUCCAGAGCCAGAGCGACAUGCAAAGCGGCCUGCUGAAAGAGUGGACCCUCAUGCUGCACGGUACACAAAGUGCCCCUUACAUAGACCAAGUGGUGCGGGACUAUCAGUCCAAACUGGCCAUGUCCAAAAAAGAGGAGCUGGAGGAGGAGCUGGACGAAGCCGUGGAGAGAAGCUUGAAGAGCCUUUUGAGUAAAAAUAACUAG